UGUGACUAUUGGAUGAAUGGGUAAGUGGGUGAGUUGAGGUUCUGUUGGUGUGUUGUGGUGGUUGGGGUGAGGUUGGUUUUAUAUUGUUUAUGAAGGGAUGAGGGUUUGGGUGGUAGGGGGGAAAGACAAUGGGUUUUGUUUUGGGGUCUUUGUUGGAGGUUCCAUUGCCAUUUUGAGGGGAGUUUGUAGGGUGGUGUCCUUUAUUCGGAGGGUUGUGAAUGGGUUGGGGUUUGGGGUUGGUGAUAGGGGUGAGACUAUGAGGUUGUCGAGAAUCUCCGGUUGUUUUUGGACAGGUAGUUAGGGUUGGUGGUUCACGUGAGGAGUUUUUGGGGUCGGGGGUGGGGGGGUUGGAGAUGGUGGUGGUGAUUUGAACUAGAUUUGUACA